AUUUGAUUUUGUUGACAAAAGUGGAAAGGGAGGAAUCAGUAACAAAGAAAUUCGCUCUUAAUGGCCGCAUUUCUCAGGUCCACGGCAUCAACAACUAGCUUCGCCAUAGCAGCAUCUGCAGCUUUCGCCUUCUCCGGACCUUCUUCUUCUUCUUCUCCCCUUUUUCCUUUUCCUCAAUCCUUCAAACCCAUUUCCCUCUCUCCAUUUCCAGCUAGAAAUUCCUUCGGAUUUAUCACAACCUUUGCCCAUUCACCUUCUGCUGUUCCCAUGGCGGCACCCACUUCGGAACCAACCUCUUUCUCUCAGAACAACGUUGGAUUGCCUGAACUUCUGACAGAGUAUAUGGUGGAUAUGAAAUGUGAGGGCUGCGUUAAUGCUGUCAAGGACAAGUUACAGGGUGUUGAUGGUGUAAAGAAUGUUGAUGUGGACUUGAGCAAUCAAGUGGUUAGGAUACUGGGCACAACACCUGUGAAGACAAUGACCGAAGCUUUGGAGCAGACAGGUCGAAAAGCCCGGUUAAUUGGGCAAGGGGUCCCUGGGGACUUCUUAGUUUCAGCUGCUGUUGCUGAAUUUAAAGGUCCAGAAAUAUUUGGCGUGGUUCGAUUGGCUCAGGUAAACAUGGAACUGGCUAGGGUUGAAGCCAACUUUAGUGGACUCUCACCUGGAAAACAUGGUUGGUCGAUCAAUGAAUUUGGUGAUCUGACAAGAGGUGCUGCUAGCACAGGGAAAGUGUUUGAUUCUGCAGAUUCUGGCUCUAGUAAUGAGCCAUUGGGUGACCUGGGAACAUUAGAUGCCGAUGAAAAUGGCGAAGCCCUUUUCUCUGGGGUCAAACAGAAGCUGCGAGUUUCUGAUCUUAUCGGGCGAUCGAUAGCCGUGUAUGAGACUGAAGACAAGUCGGUUCCAGGCAUUGCAGCAGCAGUAGUAGCUCGAAGUGCGGGUGUCGGUGAGAACUACAAGAAGCUAUGCACCUGUGAUGGGACGACCAUUUGGGAAUCAAGUAACAGAGAUUUUGUCACCAGCAAAGUCUGAUGGAUUUCUCAAACUUUGCCCACUUUGCAAAAUGAAAUACUUCUCAUUUUCUUUCUGCCUUGAACGGAGAAGUUAAUUCCCAACUGCGAAGGGCACAUCACAUCAUGUAAUAUUUUGUGUUGGUUUCCUGUUCUGGCCUGCUUUUGAAGUAUAAGAAGUUUUUUUCUAAUGAUUUAUACGAAAAAUUUAAUCUCGAGUCCAA